UUACUCUAGAUUUCAGACAGACGUGGUAGGACCAUGAGGAAUCCUUGAAUUUGACAAAUAGCCAAUGAGAAUUCAGGGAUUAGGAUGAACUUGAAAAUUUCAGCCAAUGAACACUGAGAUAAGCCCCAACUUCUGGGUCCCAAAAAGUGCAUGGGCUCCCACUGCAGCAGAAAAACCGAAAGUGCUAUAGGGUGGGUCACAUUUAAAAACGUACCUCUCAACCCUAAUUAUUGAACCAUGGGCUCCUCAAAAUAAAUAGAUGCCAGGUACCCUAAUAUUCCUUUGUAAAGACACUUUGCUUUUCAGCUUGUUUCUUUUGUUGAGCAGAGCUAAUUCCUAACUAUACCUAAGCCCGUUUGAAUCUUGUAAAGGCUAAAUUAUUGUUUUUUUCUGUCUAUCCAAUGAUCUCUGACAAGAGAGCAGCGAAUGCCAUGGGAGGCAAGACGGCUAGAGCCUGUGAUGGUUGUAUGCGAAAGCGUGCUCGUUGGUAUUGUGCAGCUGAUGAUGCCUUUCUUUGCCACGGUUGUGAUACAUCAGUCCACUCCGCUAAUCAGUUAGCCAGCAGACAUGAAAGGGUUAGGCUUGAAAUUGCAUCUUCUACGUUCAAUGAUUCGGUGAUGAACGGUACUACUAAUCAAGAUGCUCCACCAGCAUGGCACCAAGGUUUCACUCGAAAGGCAAGAACACCAAGGCAUAGCAAGUCCAUGUCCAGGCAACAAAAAGGUGAGGGAAAAGUAUUGAAUUUGAAUCAGCUUGAUCCUCUUGUUCCUGAGAUUGGUAGUGAAGACGGGUCAGUUGAUGAGAACGAAGAGCAGCUGUUUUGCAGAGUCCCUGUAUUCGAUCCUUUUUCUGCAGAAUUAGGUAAUAUGGUAACAAGUGAUGGUGAUGAAGUUCCUAUGGUAAAUGAAGAUGGGAAUUUGGUAUUUGAUUAUUAUGGACAUGAAGAAACAUGCGAGCAGAAUGAUGAUUUUCAUGGCUUCUUGCCAUCAGAUUUGGAUCUUGCCGAGUUUGCUGCUGAUGUUGAGAGCUUACUAGGAGUUGGACCUGAUGAGGACACUUGUGACAACAAAAGAAUUGAAUUGUUAGAUUGCAAAGAGGAAGAAGAAAGUAACGUUUUUCAUGGAGGCAAAAUAAUGAAAGUUAAAGAUGAAGAAGGAGAAGAAGAAAAAAAGGAAGGUAAAACAGCUUGUUGCUGUGAUUCUGCAUUUGAUGUGGCAAGAGCAUCCUUAAACUGGAGUUUUGAUUAUGAGUCACCCACGAUUGAUAAGGAGGAAGAGAAGGUGGUUCCAACAAUAAUGGAUGGUCAAAGGAAGACAGAGAUGAAGAGGAACAUGCUGCUGAGGCUGAAUUAUGAGUCAGUCAUCACCGCUUGGGCCAGCCAAGGCUCUCCUUGGACAUCAGGAAGCCGACCAGAAUUCAACCCUGAUUAUUUCAUGGGCUCAAAUCCGAAAGAGGGUCAUCACCUGAAUGGAGGAAUAGGGGGAAUAUACAGGCAGGCAAGAGGGAAUACAGACGAAGAAAGGGAAGCAAGGGUAUCAAGAUAUAGAGAGAAGCGAAGAACGAGACUGUUUUCGAAGAAGAUAAGGUAUGAAGUGAGGAAGCUGAAUGCGGAGAAAAGGCCUAGAAUGAAAGGCAGGUUCGUUAAGAGAACGUCCUUUGGGGGGACUGCUUUUCCUUAUGUCAAUUAAGUAAUAGCAACUCUUCAACUGCCAAUUCUUGUUGUUUGUUUCUUUGCAAGAAUUGGCAGGCGAGUUGCUUAACCAGUACCUAGACUGUAUUGGUUAAGCUUUUAAAUGAAUAAAUGGAUUAGGGUAGUUG